AUGUCUGGCAACAGUCUUGCAGUGCUUCAGGCACUGGACAGUGCUAGAACUCAGUGGUACCAUAUCACCGCCAUAGUCAUCGCCGGUAUGGGCUUCUUCACUGAUGCCUACGAUCUCUUUUGCAUCUCCACCGUCUCAAAACUCCUGGGUCGCCUUUAUUAUUUUGACCCUACUUCUGAUAAUCCAGGGAAGCUACCUAAUCCUGUUAACAACGCAAUCACUGGUGUAGCCCUAGUUGGAACCCUCAUUGGGCAAUUAUUCUUCGGUUGGCUUGGUGACAAACUUGGUCGCAAAAAAGUAUACGGGAUCACCCUCAUUCUCAUGGCGUUUUGUGCCGUCUGCUCGGGUCUAUCAUUUGGAGCUAGUAGAAAGGCUGUUAUUGGAACACUUUGUUUCUUCCGUUUCUGGCUAGGGUUUGGUAUUGGUGGAGAUUACCCUCUCUCAGCUACGAUAAUGUCAGAAUAUGCUAAUAAGAAAACUCGUGGGGCAUUUAUUUCUGCAGUUUUCGCUAUGCAGGGCGUUGGGAUUAUUUUUGCAGGGUUAGUUUCAAUGAUUCUAUCGAAAAUUUUCCUCAGCCAGUUUCCAGCGCCGAUAUAUAGUAAGGAUCGGCUCUUGUCUACACAGCCAGAGGGCGAUUUCCUUUGGAGGAUUGUGUUAAUGCUCGGUGCAUUGCCGGCCAUACUGACUUUCUAUUGGCGAAUGAAAAUGCCCGAAACGGGGCGUUACACUGCACUAAUUGAAGGCAACGCCAAACAAGCUGCUGCAGACAUGGGUCGAGUUCUCGACAUUCAAAUCCAGGCAGAACAAGAUAAGUUGGUGCAGUUUAAGGCCGCCAACGAAUACGGAAUAUUGUCCGGCGAGUUCUUUCAACGCCAUGGUUAUCAUUUGAUUGGCACAAUGACGACGUGGUUCUUGUUGGACAUAGCGUUUUACAGUCAAAACUUAACCCAGAAGGACAUUUUCCCAGCCAUUGGUUUAACGCACAAACCUAAAUAUGUUAACGCUCUCAGAGAAGUUUUUGAGAACUCUCGUGCCAUGUUUGUGAUUGCCUUGUUUGGUACUUUCCCUGGCUACUGGUUCACCGUCUUCCUCAUUGAAAAAAUUGGCCGAUUCAAGAUCCAAAUCAUGGGAUUCUUCAUGAUGUCUCUUUUCAUGCUUAUCAUCGGCAUCAAAUACGACUAUCUCAAAGAGGAUGCUCACUGGCUAUUUGCUCUUUUGUACGGCCUAACGUUCUUCUUCGCCAAUUUUGGUCCAAAUAGUACGACGUUUGUUCUUCCAGCGGAACUGUUCCCGACUCGGGUGAGGUCCACGUGUCAUGCGUUGAGUGCGGCUUCGGGGAAGGCUGGUGCGUUGCUGGCGGCAUUUUGGGUGCAAUCGUAUACUUUAGAUUCGAAUACUCGUAAAAUCCGAAAAGCUAUGAUGAUUCUGGCGUUUACAAAUAUGCUAGGGUUUUGCUUCUCGUUUUUGUUGACUGAGACCAAGGGACGAUCUUUGGAGGAGAUUUCUGGGGAAGACAAUGGCGCUGAGAAUUGUAAUGAGACCCAGAUGGCGCCUGUGCCUCAGAUGGGACGACAGGUCUCUGGCCCCAUGGACUCAAUAUGAAGAGCAAUGCUUUGAAAGAUGAUAUAGUAGAUAUUAUAUGCGUGUGAGAAGUAAAAUAAGAGGGUGAUUGUUCAAU